UGGUAAUAUCAUACUAACUGAUGGGUUAACAACAAUCAUUUACGAUCCAAAUAUUAUCCCAAUUGAUGAAACAACAACGCAACUUUACGGAUUCGAAAAUACAUCCGAUGAAGAAAGUAGACCCGAUUCUCAUGGUGGUCCAAACUAUUCUUUUGUUGUUGCAGUUAUCGUAGGAGUUUUAUUCAUCACAUGCAUUAUUGUUGGAGUUUGUCUUUUAAGAAGAUGCAAUGCAUCAAAUACUGCAAAGAGGCCUGGUAAAAUGAAAGUUAUGACAAAAUCGAAUUCAGCAUAUGAUCCGGCCCAUGGACAUACAGAACCAGAUAAUAAUCAACAAGCUUAUUUGAUGAAUUCACCUGAUACCAUACAUCUUUCAAUUUCACACGCAGCUGUUGCGACAAAUGAAGUGUCAAAUACUUACUCACAUUCUCGAAACACCGUGGAUGACCCUGAUGUUAUGUAUGACCAUACAAUACGCCAUACUGUCCGAAACACUGGUGAUGGUGAUUAUGGCAUUACACACAGGAUACUUACAGAGGGUGACUACGAUGUGUCUGGAAACUAUCGUCAGUCACUUAACAGCGAGACAGAUCCUGUCUACAACUAAAUUUAAAGACGUUCAGUGAGCAUUGGUAUGGUGAUGUUGGGUGUACCGUUACGACAGCAAAAUAUGAAAUAGAUGUACAAUUAACGAAUUAUUUAUGUUCAUUAGACUAUGUUUUAAACAUGUAGCUUUCCCAUUAUGUACAAUUUAUUUGCUCCUUACUUUUUUAAUUGUAAAAAGGAAACAGUUAUGCAUUUCGAUAAAUUGUUCUUCCACCAUGAGGAUUUGUGUGUGAUGUUCUGUUAUACUUAUUGAUUAUUUUGUGAAUUCCUGUUAUCUUUUUAUAGAUAUAUAUAACUACUGAUGCAUUGUAAGAUAAAGACCCAAAAUGAAACAUAUUGACAGAGCAUGUUAUUUGAAAUAUAAUGAUAUAGUUUUAAUUUUUAUACGUUUGUCAACAAAUUUAUGCUUUUUAAUUGAUAAAAAUGUAAUGCAAUAAAUCAAAUAUGUCAAUAUUCGUAAUGCGUUUCAAUGUAAAGUACUAAAUUGUAA